UCUGCUCGCGUCCUUGCCCGCUGGGCGCCCUGGGCUGGGAAACGCGGCUGAGCCUGGCCGCGGGCGGACGGUGGCUGCAGCGCGUAGGAGCAGGGGUCGUGCCGGGGUCGCGGCGCCAAGCGCGGGGCGUGCACGCUUGGCGCACGAGCCUGAAGGCGAGCUCCGAGGGGCCCGGGUCGCGGGGCCUGCUGCGGCUGUUCCCGGAGCUCGGCGCGGGGCCCGCGAGGCUCAGGCCGUCCCAGGGCCCCGGGCACCCCGUGGCCGCAGCUGCAGCGGGAGGAGCGCGGCGGCGCGGGGUCCUUGCAGUCGGCGCUUCUCCCGGAAGCCUUCCUCGGGCGGCGGGUGGGAAGCGGGGGCCCGGGCGGCAGCGAGCGGCGUCCUCUCUCCGCAGGUCGGCACCAUGAGCCCUGCAGCCCUGCGCGGGGCCCUGCUGAGCUGCCUCGGCCUCGCGUUGCUCUGUCUGGGCGGUGCAGACAAGCGCCCGCGUGACAGACAUGAGUGGAAAAAACUGAUUUUGGUUCAGCAUUGGCCUGAGACAGUAUGCGAGGAAGUUCAAAAGGACUGUAAAAACCCUCCGGAUUACUGGACGAUACACGGACUGUGGCCCGACAACAGUGAAAACUGUAAUGGAUCGUGGAAGUUUAAUUUAAAGGAGAUUCAGGAUCUUUUGCCGGAAAUGAAGGAAUAUUGGCCUGAUCUCAUUCACCUUUUCCCCAAUCGCAGCAGCUUCUGGAAUCAUGAGUGGCGUAAGCAUGGGACCUGUGCCGCCCAGGUGGAUGCCCUCAACUCCCAGAGGAAGUACUUCGGCAGAACCCUGGAACUGUACAGGGAGCUGGACCUCAACAGUGUGCUCCUAAAAUUGGGGAUAAAACCAUCCAUCAAUUACUACCAAGUUGCAGAUUUUAAAGAUGCCCUUGCCAGAGUAUAUAGAGUGAUACCCAAAAUCCACUGCCUUCCGCCAAGCCAGGAUGAGGAAGUACAGACAAUUGGUCAGAUAGAACUGUGCCUCACUAAGCAAGACCAGAAACUGGAGAACUGCACUGAGCCGGGGCAGGAGCCGCCCCCCAGGAAGGAAGUCUGGCUGGCGGGUGGGGGCACCGAGAGCCGGGGUCUGCGGGUCUGUGAAGAUGGCCCAGUCUUUUAUCCCCCACCUAAAAAGGCCAAGCAUUGAUGCCCAUGUUUGGGAACUUUUCUGUGUUUUAAAAAGCAAGAAAAAUUCACAAACUGCAGCUUUCUAUAAAACAACUCCAGAGUGAAGUCUCGCGUUUGCUUUUGAACAGCAAGCCUUUGUGUUUGCUCUGCUGUUUUCCUUCGAUGCCUGCGAACUGGAUUUUGUAGUCCAUGUAGAGACGGCGUGUGUGUGAAGUUCAUGGGAGAAAGGAGCUCUCCCACGCCUGAGUGGCUGCUUUGUGCUUGGGAUAAUAAAGCUCACAGAUCGUU